AUGAAGGUCCAAACCCUCGUACUCCUCAUGGCCGCCGUUGCCGAAGCCUCUUGGGAAUGCAGGAACAGGUCUGAGAAAUUCAGGACUGACAAGGCCCCUGUUCCUAAGCGGGCUAGUACAGAGACCAGCUGGACCUACUGUCCUAUAGCUGCUGGCUGCUGCACUGACGGAAAUGAAUGGUACGCCUGCAAAGCUGUAAGUUUUUGUCCCUCUUGA